AUGGUUGACGGUGAAGGUGACGAAGGAAUUGUACGAAAUGCUGCAGAUAUUAAUGAAAUGAGUGAACAAGUAUUCGACUACUUAUUAGGAACAGUUUUACUGGAGCCUUGUUUCAAAGUUCAUCGAAUUGCCAAAAUUACAAAUGCUGUGUUGCCACCGCCAAUUGAUAUGCAAAAUGAACCUACCAUAGUAGGUGAAUAUGAUAUUUUCGGAAGUUCAUUAAUUUCGCAAACGAAGCAUCAAAAAAAUAUGGAUGUUGUAUGUGACGAAUGCAAACGGCCUAUAGCAGCAAGCCGUUUUGCUCCACAUCUUGAAAAGUGCAUGGGUAUGGGACGAAGUAGCUCACGGGUUGCAAGACGUCGCAUAAACCAAACAAUUAACUACAACAAUUCAAUGAAGGCUUCUCUUUCAGCAGGUCGUUUACGUGAAUAUUCUGGUCGAGACAGUGACGUGGAUCACUCUGAUGAGGAUUCACAUCAUACAGCUGCGGACGAUGAUGAAGAUUGGGCAAGUAGCAGAAGAUCUCGAAAGUCGAGAAAAACAAAAUCAAGAAAUAGGACAAAGACAGUAUUCUGUUGA